AUGGAGUGCUCUGUCGCGGAGUUUCAAGCCACGCAAGUUUGGGAGGUGCACAACGUCGUACUCGCUUUUAAUGAGGUGAUCGUGAUCGUUAUGGCCAUGGUGGCUCAUUUGUUUCUCGCGGUGGCCGUAAAGAGAACCGUGCUGUUGAAUCGGGUGACCAAAGUCUUGACGAUUCAUCAAGGCGUCGGAAUGAUGGGGUACAUGCCAACAAGGUAAGCUGAUGUCUAGAGAAACGUAUCAGUUUGUCGGGAAAAUAAUGUGGAGCAAAGUGUCACGUCUCUGAUGUAAGGCGCGACGAAUCCACAUUAUUUUCCCGACAGGUUCAUAAUUUUAUUGUUUUUGAGGUCUUUGGUGGUGGAUUAAGGGAGAAAGCGAAGAGCUUCGGAUAUAACAGGGGAAGUACUCCAAGUGCGACGCUUAAAUUUUGAUGAAACUUGGUACAGGUUUAAUUUAAUCCUUUCCUUGUAAGCAACAAACUCUUUUCAGAAUCCUCAUCCUUUACUAUCGCGUCACCGACCCAGGUAUGCUGAACACUCCUCUCAUGGAAACCCUAGCCCAUAUCCACGACCUAUCACUGCACUCCCACUAUGCUAGUGUGUUUGUGAACGUCCUGGCCAUCUCCAUGUACAGUCGUUGGCCCAGCCUAGGAGAGGGAUUCAAAUCGUUGCUGUUUUUGGCAUCAAUCAUAUCGUUCUCCUGGAUCCUGCCGCACUAUUCCAUGAUGUGGGAUAUAUGUAAGGAAGUACAAGGCUUUUCAAAAAGUUUUUGCCGCGCCGUGCGUGCAGCCCGCGCAGAACGGAUACGAACGCGCUGCGCCAAUUCAUGGCGUGUUAGCGCUGCAAACGCUGCAAUUUUCGGCAUUUCGUACCUUGAAAAAGUUUUUUUUUGCGCUGUCGCUCACACCUUGUCUUUUUUUGUACAGUAUAUCUACAUGUCGCAAAAAUAACUCCAGCGGUUUUGCGAAUGGACUAUUAUCAGUCCCUCGGGAAAAUAAUGGGCGCUCUUUCGCUUCCAAAAUCGCGUACUCGCCGAGAAAACCAACCGUAUAAGGGCAAAUUGCUUUUCAAUUCAGCGACGCGAUCGACGCAACGGCAUUGUGCUCAUUAUUUUCCCGACAGACUGGUAUUCAUAAAUCACAUUAGCAACCUGCCAGGAAGAUAGUCACGAGUCGACGCAGAAAAAUCGGGCACCAAAUCUACAUUUGCGGCUUGCCGUUGCAAAGCCACGCGAUUCCAAGGCGCGAUGACCCGCCAUUAUUUUCCCGACAUACUGAUCGUAUCACUUUCUUUGCAGACUUUCAGAUGUACGUCUUUUAUCAACUGGUAUUAAUAUGGAGUAUGUUCACGUUGAGGUGGCAAUUGAGGUCCAGCGCGGCCGAGUAUAAAGUCAAAUUCUUGGGGGACCUGAAAAGCAAGGAGAAGGUGAGCUUUGACCGUGUAUACUGACUUCAGUCUGCAGGCCAGUGUGAACAUACGCAGUAUCCGGCUACUCUCCAAAAUUACGGUGUUCACGUCAGUGCGACUUGCCGGGGCAAUGGUUGCGAUGUUUUUUGUGUUUCGUGUGCUACCUAACAAGUAAGUAUUGUGACCAUUCUCUAUGUCUGUCUUGCUGUUAAUCAUACGACUACAAACAGCAAAAGUUUCCUUUCCAGGUGUUUGUACCGUGCGGCCUUAAUUACAGCUCAAGUGCAUGACAUCUUCUUCGAACUGGUCGAGUUUAUAAUUCCAGUGUACUUGUUCAGUACGGAAAGGCAACUACGUGAUGUCUUACGGUAUGUGCGAAAGGACCAACACAAAACUAAAUACCAAAGACAAAAGGUCCUGUUGAUUUGUUACGGCCCGGAAAAAAUGACUUGUUACUGUUGAAAUGUUGACUUUCAAUUAUGUACAAUGUAUAAUACUUUUUGCAGCUGUGUUGAAAGCGCAAUUGAAUUAUAUAGAAAUUAGCUUUGUGUCAGCUGAAAACAUUUUUUUGACAGAUCAGGAACUGUCAAUUAUAGGGUGUUGGCGGGGCAAGUUCAAAAACCAAUAAUAAUUGAAUUGGCCAAGAAAUUGUCGCAAUUCUGGUUGCUCUAAACAUAGCCCUUCCAGACAAAAAAAGGCAAAUUUUCGAAGUCCCUCUAGUUGAACAUGUAUCAGCGGGACAACCUCGAUAUAUGAGAGAAUCACAGCGGAAAACGCCCAAGAUCACUUUUAUUUUCUCCAACUUCUUUCAGAUGCCGAGGCAACGACACAACGACCACCAUUAACGUCUUGGGCAACAUUUUGAUGAUGGGCAACAGCGCCGAUGACUAUUUCCAACAACUCGAGGCGCAAUGGACGAGGAAGCGGGGAUUUUCAGCCCUCAAACAGUCAAUACGACCGUGCAAGCUUUUCCCAUCGGCGUGCAGGCUUCUCUCGGAGAAGAGGAAGCUUAACAAUGAUUGGUUUUGA